AUGACGGGAUCCACCGAUUAUGCGACAGGCACAACGGCAGACCCCGAGGUCGGCUACCCCAAAGGCCAUCUCGGCCACCUCACAGAUAGCGAGAACAAGGCUCUUUCGGAAUUCAAGGUCCUUGUAGCAGAGAAUGGGCUCUAUACACCAGGUCCUCCUCCAUCGCACGACGACCAGACUCUGCUACGAUUCCUACGAGCCCGUCGCUGGGUACCAAAGGAUGCUUUCAAGCAGUUCAAAGAAACAGAAGAAUGGAGGUCCACAACAAGAUUGGACACUCUUUACGAGACGAUCGAGCUGGACUCAUACGAGCAGAGCCGUAUAAUGUACCCGCAAUGGACAGGACGCAGAGAUAAGAGGGGCAUACCGGUAUAUCUUUUCGAGAUCAAGCAGCUGGACAGUAAGGCAGUGGCUGCCUAUGAAAAGGGAGCCGACGACACAUUCAGCCGCGCGCAUGCUGACGGCUCGACCCCUCCGAAACUGCUGCGCUUGUUCGCCCUUUACGAAAACCUCACCCGCUUCGCCCAGCCACUAUGCACCGAGAUGCCCGAUAGGCCACACCCUCAGACGCCGAUAACGCUGAGCACAAAUAUCGUAGACGUCUCGGGCGUCAGUCUACGCCAGUUCUGGAACCUCAAGGCGCACAUGCAGGCCGCUAGCACGUUGGCCACCGCGCACUAUCCCGAGACUCUUGAUCGCAUCUUUGUCAUCGGCGCCCCCUUCUUCUUCUCCACGGUGUGGGGCUGGAUCAAGAGGUGGUUCGACCCCAUCACGGUUUCCAAGAUCUUCAUCCUGAGCCAGGCCGAGGUCUUCCCUGUGCUGAGCUCCUUUAUGGAAGCUGAAAACAUCCCAAAGCAGUACGGUGGGAAGCUCGAGUUUAAUUGGUGCGACCAGCCCAAUCUGGACCCGGCCAUCAAGGAGCGAGCUACCUGGGAGCAAGGAUUCGACACCUUCCCCAAGGGUCCGGUCCUAUGGAAGGUCUUGGACGAGGAGCGCCUCGAGUGUGUCGCCGUGGGUUCCGUCAACCAGAAGCAGCGCAACGUUCGAGUGUGCACACUGCCGAGGUCAUUUAAGGGCGCUGUUUCUACCAACCAACCUUACCACAAGACGGAGGCGACGGCAGCCACUUCAGAUAUUGCCGCCGUUGAGAGCGGUGUGCAGAAGCUCGAUAUCCUGGAUGCAAACCCGGAGACUGCAGCUGCCACGAGCAAAGAGGAGAUUAUUGCCGAGAAGGGAGCUAGCGCGCUCGAUGACCCUCCCGCUGCGUCCGCAAAAGCCGCAUGA